AUGCGCGCUUCGAAGUUGGAUAGCUUCCUUUUGAACUUGGAAAAUUGGAAAAUUCGAGCUGCAUUGUCUGAGCUCGAGGUUUUGGGAAAAGAUCCGAUCGUGCUGCCCGGAGACAUGGCGUCAGCUGAGGCGGAAAACAUGGCCGUUAUCGUCCGAUGCAUGGUCGAGAAAGGGGUUUAUUUGAAUGACGACCUUGAGGACGGAAACUCGUGA